AAUGACUGAUAUAUCUAGAUUAAUGUUGGCAACUGUAGAACCCGAUCUACGUAAAAGUGUUGAAAAGGAAGGGAAAAUUUUAGAAGUAUAUUUGAAUGAAUUAAAUAAAAAAUUGGUUGAACAGGGAAUGGAAAAAGUAAAGUAUGGAAUUGAAGAACUUCAACACGUUUACAAUUUGGCAAUUAUUUCACAAGCUAUUGGCAGGGUUAUGGAAAUUCCGUUUUUUGAAAGAGGAACGCCAGAAAAUGAUCCAGAAUUCAAAGAAAAAAUGGAAUGUAUUAAAAUGAGGGCAAAAAGUAGCAUUAAUGAUGCUUUAAAAAUUUUGGAAAUGGAAGCACCUGAAUGGCUAAAUAAAGAUGAGGAGAAAAAUGGGAAGAAUAAUUGA